UAUAUUUGGAGAGAGAGAGAAAAAGAGAAGAAAGGAUCCGAUACUGGGAAGAAACCCUAUUCGGAACAAAAGAAAGAAGGAGAGAAGAAGAGAGACGGAACCGGAUAUACCUAUACCGGUAGCGGAGAAAGAAUGGAGGUGGACAAAGCAAAGUUCCGCACUGAGGGACGAUGCUACAGAUGCGGAGAAAAGGGACAUAGAAGCUUCGAAUGCAAAGACGCACAAAAAAGGAAGCCAUAA